AUUGUUUUUUUAACUAGUUUGAGGUUCAACAAUAAACAAUAAGUAUAAAUAAUUAUUUAAAAUUGUGAUGUGGCUAUUAUAGAAGGGAUUAUCUAACGAAUUCUACUAAUUUUGCUAUUUAGCUAUUUAGCGUAUUAUCACGAUGACAGAAGAAAAAAUUAAAUUACUAGAGUUGCUGUAUGAUAAAGAUUAUCCAAGUGAAUGGGAGUAUAGAGAAGACAUAAGUGAAUAUUUAAAUAAACUUGGCAGAUACAAAGUCGAAGACCUAAUUAAGCAGCCCAAAUAUUUAGAAAAUGAACACCAAAUUAUUCAAGAGCAGACCCAAGACCUGGCCGUUUCAAACUAUAAAACAUUCAUUGAAACUGCUGAAUGUUCAAAAGAACUAUUCACCCAAUUUAACGUAAUAGAGCACAAACUAGACCAGCUGCUUGUCGACCUGCCAAAUUUCCAGGAGAAAUGUUCGAGGUUCAGUCAGACAACUGGUCAAAUCAGUAAUUUACGGAAAUUAAACUCCCUUACUUUGACGAAAAAUGCACAGUUAUUGGAAAUUUUAGAGUUGCCUCAGUUAAUGAACUCUUUUAUCAAUGAUGAGUUGUAUGAAGAUGCUUUGGAGUUGGCUGCUUAUGUUAGAAAGUUAUGUUCCAAGUAUAGGGAUAUACCUAUAUUUAAUAGUAUCUUAAACGAUGUAAAUCAAGCAUGGUUAUUGAUGCUCCAUCAACUGUUAUCCCAACUUAAACAGGAACUUACUUUGCCAAAAUGUAUCCAAAUUGUUGGCUACCUUAGAAGAAUGGAAGUUUUCACAGAACUAGAGUUAAAACUGAAAUUCCUUCAGGCAAGACACCAUUGGCUGGAUCAUUGCGUCAAAUAUAUACCUAAAGAUGAACCAAACCACCACCUGACCAAGACAAUUGAAAUCACUAGAGUGAAUUUAUUCAAUAUUAUCACCCAGUAUAAAGCGAUAUUCAACGAUGACGAAUCAAUGUCUAAUACCUCUUUAAGAAACGACGUUAAUCCAAAUAUAAUAUUUUAUACUUGGAUAAAUGACCGGAUUGAUGACUUUCUUAAAGUUCUAAAAGAUGAUCUAAAGUCUGUACAGUCUGUGGAGACGAUUUUAGAUCAGUGCAUGUAUUUUGGACAGUCGUUCAGUAAAGUGGGAUGUGACUUUAGGAGCCUCUUAGUCCCAAUAUUCACAAACCAAAUCCUGGAAAACUUUAGGAACUGUGUAGCUAAGGCUAUGAUAAGCUUCGAAAAGACCAUAGAGCACUUCACUUUGAUAAACAAAAAUUUACCGAAUAUCCCUUGGAAGACCAAAGACCAGGAUGCCCUGCAUCCACCUGAUACUUUAUUAGAAUUUUAUCCGCUGGCUGAGUACUUAAACAACAUCCUGAAAAUCUUAAAUAAUUUUAGGGCGUGCGCACCGAUUUCUAUAGUAAAUGAAGUAAUCGAUUCCCUACAAAAGUCCUUAGUGUUCAUAUCAAAAUCGUUACUGAUUCUUUAUUCGCAAGAGCAACAAGCGUUUACCAGCACCUCAAAAGAUGCGUUUACUAGACUUUGCAUGUGUUUUUCCGACGAUUUAAUACCGUACGUUCAGAAGUGCGUUCACAUUAUUUAUCCACCGAAUCAGAUCGCUUUAAAGUUAGGCAUAAGUGUUCAGACUUUACAAAACGAGAAAAUAUCGUUUUUGGAUAAGAAUUUAAUUGUUGAGCCCAUAAGGCAUUUGUUGCCUCCUAAAAUUGAACCUCAGCUUAGUUUUGAAAGUAAGAAUAAUUUAGGUGAGGAUAAGAGGGUAGAGGUAGAGGGAUUUAUUAAAUGCGAGAGAAAUAAUGAUAUAGAAGCUGAUGUUUAAUUAUUAAUGUUAAAAAAUAUUUGUUGUAUAUAGUGUAAAAAAAUGAAAUAUAUGAGCAUACUUUGCUUC